AUGUCGAGUAAAGCACUGCAAGGAGUCUUCCGGGUGGUCGUGGAGAAUGUGCUAAAUCGUUGGACGGCAUUGCGGCUCGCUGUAGAACAUGGCAUGGGUGGCCCCCUAGGACUAAAUACUGCAAUAGAACUGAUCGAAUACGUAACAUCGUACUGCACUGAAAACAAAAAUGUGGACGCGAUUGAUCUACGCGAGGUGCUGGAAGAAAUAAUGGAUCAAGAAUUUGAGACCAUUUGUGAAGAUGAUUCCAUUCAAGAGGUCAGCGGUGUUUUGAUAAAACAUUUGAAAAUGUUAAAGGAAGGCAAAGAGGAAGAAGUUAGAGCUGAAAUAGCAAUGAUGGUCCCAUGUGAAAUGUGGAUAAUGAGUGGAUCGAAAAUAAAGUAUCAUCCAGCGGAUAGCAGCGAUAGUGAGGAGGACAUAAACGAUCAAGAGGACAUGGAAGUGGAACCGGCAUCUGCCGUGGAUGUGUCGUCGGAAGUUAGUCCAAGCACGGGUGGCUCCAGCACGAAGUUUAUCGAAGAACCCAUCGACCCUGGAUGGACCCAGGUUCGUGGCCGUCGUCGUCGAUAG